AUGAUUGGAAGAUAUUUGGGAUCCCGAUCAAAGAAGAUGGAACAGUCGACGGUGUUCAUGCGUAACAAGAUGCAACCCACUCUGGAUCGACUGGUCGAAGAGGCGAAAAUGGAAUUUACACGUGUGUGGAUGAAAGAUGUCACCAAAGACUAUGUGCGUUGGCGGGGAUUUUGCAAAAGCACAUUCAGAGCCGUUUCAAAAGUCGACAUGUGUUUACAAAAGGGCGAGAUCACAGCCAUUCUCGGUCAUAAUGGAGCGGGCAAGACGACCAUAUUCAAUAUUUUAGCUGGUCUCCAACCUUCAAGCGGGGGUUUCAUAAGUAUCUUUGGACAAAAUCCGAUGGACGCGUGGGAUGCGAUCAAACUGCGCAAGAUUACCGGUGUUUGUACCCAAUUUGAUGUGCUUGAAGAACGUAUGACAUCGUACGAGCAUAUGCGUCUGUUAGGUGCUAUCAAAGGUCUGACCCCGGUUGCAAUUGCCGCAGAGACUAUGCGAUUGUUCGAACAGCUAGAAUUGGAUUGUUAUACCAAUACAGCGACCAGUUUACUGCCCGGGGGUGAUAAACGUAAAUUGUCCGUCGCUAUGGCCUUGAUUGGCUCGCCUCGUUUGAUCAUGCUGGAUGAGCCCACCUCGGGUGUGGAUCCGUUUUCCCGACAUUGUAUUUGGCGUGUGCUACGAGAUUAUCGACCGAACCGAGUGAUCGUGCUCAUCACACACUACAUGGAUGAAGCCGAUGUGCUGGCAGACCGAAAAGCAAUUAUGAUUGGUGGGCGAUUAGUCUGUUAUGGUACCUCGAGGUUUCUGAAAGAAAACUACAAUCCAGGCUAUAUGCUCUAAGUGCUCGGAGUGAGUCUGAUUCGCUCGUUCAGUGAUCAGCUGACUUUCUUUGUCCGCCCGGACGCGAUUGAUGAACUAGCCAAUCUGAUUUUCUCCUCCGCUGGCCAAACGGAGUUGCGCAUGUGCUGUGUAACUAGUUUCGGGUUUGCGGUCACCACACUGGAAGAAAUCUUUCUGAAAUUGGGCGCUGAACCGUUGGAUACGGAUGCAUACGACGCUUCAUUGCUACAAGAACAAUUGGAACUGCAAUCCCGAUCCACCGCAAAAGAACUGCUGAAACGAAUCAAACCGGUGUUGAGUAUUCGGUCCGUUUGGCCUCNNNNACUCCUCGGACUGCUCAUGCUACCCACACCACUCUAUAUGUUGUUGCGUACCUUUCUGCCGGUCAUUGUGAUUGCGAUCUCGGCCCUGGUCUAUCAUGUGGAAACUACCAAUAUGCCCAGUCACAUUGAACGCAAACAUCCGGAAUACAUAUCCCGGAUGAGUAUGGCACUAACCAGACAGCAUUUAUCCAUUGCUAUCCCAACCGAUUCGAGUGGAAAAACAAUUGACUCCGUGAAAGAGGAAAUGUUCAAAAAGGAUUUGGACUGUUUGCGUAUUCUAUUGGGUCCCAGGGAGCCGUAUAUUGUCACACUCCCAUUUGAUCGAUCCAAAUCGGAAACCGGAUGGAGCGAGGAUGCCAAAUCUCGGCAGUUGGAUUUUCGUCGUUACGGUUCGACCCGAAUGGAUAUUGCUCAAUGGGAUAACACCACGAUCAGAAUGACAUUGAUUUUGGGUCGACAAGAUCACGAUUUAACGCAUCAGAUUGUGCUCACACAUUUCGGUCUUUGGAACUGCAUGCACGUGAAAAAUUUGCUAACUCUGGGUCAUCUCGAAUCCCAAAAAUGGACGUUACCUUGGGUUGGUGAUUUUGCCUCAUGGGAAUCAAUAUGGCCGGAAAGUCACCCGCAAAUGCAAUUGGGCACGGCAGUCAUCUCGAUCAUCACCUGUAGUGUGGCCAAUUGCAUACUCUGCCCCCUAAUCGCUGGUGAUAUUGUGCGUGAUAAAGAGAUUGGCGUUCUCUCCCAGUUGACACUGUACGGAAUGAAGCAAUGGGCCUACUGGGGAGCACAUUUCUUCACUCAUAUCUUUCAGUAUCUGUUACUGGCCUGCUUCACCACAAUUGUCAUGUUUCCAUUUGAGGGUCAUAUUCUUUCAGCAUGGCAAGUGGUUGUGUUGCACAACUGGAUCAACAUACUGACCGCGGUGGACAACAUAUUCAUGAUCUAUUUGAGCUGUCUAUUUUUUCAGAAAGCUGGCGGAGCAGUUGUGCUUUUCGGUUCAACAAUUAUGAUCGUUAUUUUUGUCAACAUCACACUGUUUUUUAUCCCCCUUUCGCUGCUGGAAACAUCUUACGCCGUGAUUCUCUCGUUAUUUCCGUUUGCCGAUCCAUUCAUGUCAUUGCUGCUCACGGAUUUCAGAAUUCGAUUGGAAAAGGUGUUUCUUUUCGGCAAGACCAAAGCAUACUACACACCGUCCCUCUGGCGUCUGUUGCAAUACAAUCAUGUGAAGAUCAGUCAAAUCACGGUAGACAAUUUUAUUUUGCCAUUUUCUGCCAUUCCCAUUGGAAUAGAAAUGUUUGAAACAUGUGUUUCUGACGUGUUUCAUUUAACUUAA